GGAAUCUGUCAGGAAGUCUGUAGCAAUGGCAUUGCCAUGAUCUUUAAGAAAAAGGAAGAAUUCCUGGUAGCAAAGGUUGCUCAUGUGGCACAGAUCAAACAUCUCCAUGAUCUCAAGGAAGAAAUUUUUAACCUUGAAGCCAAGCUUGCAGAAUUAAGAAGCCAAGUUCUUCUUGCGGAGCAAAUGGAAAAGAAUCUAGCAGAACAACGGAACAAGCUCCAUGCAGAUAUGAAGGCUGGCUUGAAAUCUGUUUCCAAGAUCAAACAUCAACUCCCUUCUUUCAUAGCUUCUGCAGAUGAAGCCGCUGAAGAACUCAAGAACAUGAGAGAAGAAUGGAAUAGUUGGCAAAGCAACUUUUGUUGAUUUCUUCUUAUAUGUAUCUAUUUUUGUCUUUGUUAGUUGAACUUGCCUAUUGUGACCCUUGAACUUAUUGUUUGCGGCCUAUUGGCCAUGCAAACUCCUUUUCAAUGUUGAUCUUUUUCUUUGCUCAUAUUUUGGAAAUCUGCUUGUUGCAUAUUCUGUUCAUACUCUGCUACAGGUUGAAAUCUAUCAUAG